GGCACAAUUUUGUUGCAGAAGACUGUUCAUCUGGGCAGUCCAAUGGUUGAGGUGGGUCACAAGAGUUAUGUCCCAAAUAUGAUCAGUGGAGCAGCUCAAGCAGACGUUGGUGUUCUGGUUAUUUCUGCCUGUAAAGGGGAAUUCGAAAUUGGAUAUGAGAGGGGUGGGCAAACUUGUGAACAUGUUCAGCUUGCAAAAAUUUUGGGUGUAUCUAAGCUGUUCGUGGUUGUGAACAAAAUGGAGGAUCCCACCGUUAACUGGUCAAAAGAAAGAUAUGAUGAAAUUGAAUCUAAAAUGGUACCAUUUCUGAGGUCUUCAGGCUACAAUGUGAGAAAAGAUGUCCAGUUCCUACCAAUAUCUGGUCUUCUUGGUUCCAAUGUGAAAACGAGAGUGUAAAAGAGCAUAUGCCCCUGGUGUAAUGGCCCCUGCCUCUUUGAAGUUCUGGAUGCAGUUGAAAUUCCUCCUAGAGAUCCAAAAGGUCCUUUUAGGUAUGAUUUAUUACUGUAGGAAUUCAUAAAACUCCAGGAAGAAAGUAUAAUUGUAUAACUAUACCCUUUCUCCCUUUGUUAUAGAAAAGGCUACAUGGUUACUUGUAAGGACUCUGACUAUUUGUUGAGUCCCUAUGACUUUGAUUCCAAACAUAAGAUAAGUAAAUAACUGGCUAGGAUUCUU